AUUUCGUUCCCAGUUCCUCCAAAACCAUUGCAUCAAGAGGCGAAAAAAGGUCUGGAUGAAUCCUUCGAUAUGGACGAUGCUGAAAACGAUCCUGUAUUGAAAACUGUGGUUAACGUCGUCAAGAGAAGUUUGGGAGCAGUAGUAGCACACCGUGCCUUGAAAGCCAGUGACAACUUUUUUCACAUUGGAGGAAAUUCUCUGAAUGCUGUUGCUGCUUGUCUCAGCCUUCGAGACGCAGGAUUUCCCAUAAGAAUCUCUGAGUUUCUCGCUGCAACCGAUUUGAGACAAGUUGCAGAAUACGCUCGACAAAGAAGCCUGAAUUGUCAAUCUGCCGAAAUAAGCCUUCGGAACAAGAGCUUAACAAAUGAUGUUACGUCUGCAAAAAGUAUGCUUCCAAUUGCCUCGGAUGCCCUCGGAAGUCCUUAUCGAAUCAGUCCUUUAGCAGACGAUGAUUGGGCCAUGGUUUCCAAACUGAUUUCGGAGAGUUUCUUUGCUAAAGGAGAUCUCGAAAAAUGCUUGCCGAACUUGACCGAAUACGAACUGAUUUCGGAGAGUUUCUUUGCUAAAGGAGAUCUCGAAAAAUGCUUGCCGAACUUGACCGAAUACGAGUAUUUCAAUGUCCUGCAACCGCUUUGGCCCGAGCUGGUCGGCCAAAAGUUGAGCUUUGUCGUCAGAAGAGAAGGACGCAUCGUUGCUGCUGCUUUGAAUUUCGAUCUUGACAAGGAACCGGAAGUCGACAUUUCUGAGAACAUGGCUCCUGUUUUCAACUUGCUCGAAAGUGUCGAAGCACCACAACGGGAAAUCCAUUUCAAGCCAAAGGGUUUGAAGGUCAUCCAUAAUUUCAUGAUGGGCACAAGUAUGUUUGAAACGACUGACAGAGAAAGUGUUCAAUUGAUGGAACUCAUG